AUGCCUGCUGAGAGCGGUUUUAUUUCGUCGGACAGCGCCAGUGAAGAAAACGACCAAAAGACUCCCGUUCCAAUGAAAAAGAAAUCUUUGAAUCUGGAAAACAUGGUGUCAGCGUAUUCGACGAUUAUCUCCCAUGUUGGCGAAGAUGUGAAACGAGAAGGUCUUUUGAAGACACCAGAAAGGGCAGCAAAAGCGAUGUUAUACUUUACAAAAGGAUACGAACAGAACUUAGACGAGAUACUGAAUGACGCCGUGUUUGAUGAAGAUCAUGAUGAAAUGGUCAUCGUGAAAGACAUUGAAAUGUUCUCAUUAUGUGAACACCAUUUAGUGCCAUUCAAUGGGAAGGUUCACAUUGGAUAUCUUCCAAAUAAAAAAGUACUUGGACUUUCCAAACUAGCUCGAAUAGUGGAGAUGUUCAGUCGACGCCUACAAGUUCAAGAGCGUCUAACGAAACAAAUAGCGACAGCUAUGGUACAAGCAGUUCAGCCAGCCGGUGUAGCCGUUGUCAUUGAAGCAAGUCAUAUGUGUAUGGUGAUGAGAGGAGUUCAAAAAAUCAAUGCCACUACGUCGACAUCGUGUAUGCUUGGUGUUUUCAGGUAA